AUGCUGAGAUUUGUUAGAAGUUUCUUCAACAUGAAGCCACCAGUUAACGCUGCUCUCCUUCACGAUGUGGACAUCCCCACGAAGAAAGCCACCUUUGGUAUGGGUUGCUUCUGGGCCAACGACUCCCUGUUCGGAGCCACACUCGGAGUAAUCCGGACUCGAGUCGGCUACUCAGGCGGCACUACUAAGAACCCAAAUUAUAGGAGCCUAGGCGACCACACAGAGGUCAUCGAGUUGGACUAUGACCCUAAGACAGUGACGUAUGAUCACCUAUUGGAAAUGUUCUGGGCCAACCACGAGUAUGGACUCACCACCAAACUAAAGAGACAGUACCAAUCUAUGAUCCUGUACCACGAUGAGGAGCAGCGCUUGGCAGCGGAGGCUUCGUACAAGACGACACAGGAGCGCGUCAACGAACCACUGCGCACUGAAAUCGCGCCGGCUGGCAUCUUCUACCCUGCUGAGGAUUACCACCAGAAAUACAGGCUGCAAGGUCAUAAGGAUCUGUGCAAGAGUCUGGGCCUGGACGCGGAAAAAUUGCAGACAUCACACGUGGCAGCCAGGUUGAAUGGCUACUUAGUUGGAAUGGGGGGUAAAGCCCAGUUCGACAAAGAAGUCCAAAGUCUGGGCUUGACUGAAGAGCAGGCGGCUUAUGUAAGGCGGGAACUGGAACGCAACGAGGGUGGUGGUCUGUCGUGCUAG